AUGCAGUGGGUCUACCCACGAUCCAGAGAGCGCGAGAUCUCUUGGAAGGUCGGCGCUGGUGCCCUUGGCGGCGCGCUCUUAGUCUCGCCCUUUGCGAUGCUUAUUCUAGAGAGCUACUGGAGCUUCCGAGUGUGGCUCUGGGACUUCUCUCAGAUCCUUGAAUCCGUCUGCGUGCUCCCUCAGCUCCUGCUCCUGCGCCAGACCACCGUCCCCACCGUCAUCGACUCCUUCUACCUCGUGACUCUCGGCUCCUACCGCGGCCUCUACCUCGUCGGCUGGAUCACCCGCGAGCUUGACAUCAACGACAAGGCCCCGAACCCCGUCUCCGUCAUCUUCGGCAUCGUCCAGACCGCCCUCUACGUCGACUUCGCCUGGGUCUACUACACCCGCCAGCGCGUCAAGCUCCGCAACGGCGGCAUCGUCGACGCCGACGACAUGCGCCGCAGCUGGCUCCUCAACCGCAUCUUUGGCAAGCGCGUCGACAUGCACUCCGACGACGAGGAGAGCGCCCCGGCCCUCGGCGGUGGCAACGAUGAUUCCCGUCGUGGCGGACGGCCCAAGUGGGGCGCCCGCGGCAUCUCUGUCAGCGCGGACGAGGGUGUCCUCGACACCGAUAGGGAUAACCGCCGCCGCGACGAGGAGCUCGAGGAGGGCGUCAUCGACCCCGAUGCCAAGAUGCAGGACCCCGAUGAGCUUGCCCGGGUCCUGGAUGACGACGAAUCUGACUCAGACUCCAACAAGGCGUCCGGGAGCAACGGACGUGUCAAUGGCGCGCCGAGCGGUAUUCAGAACGGCCAGGAGUGGCGCGACAACUAG